AUGGCUGCAAACAUGAGAAAUCGAAGAGCAAGAACUACGGUGGACCGACUCCCCGCAGUUGACAUCCUCGACCACCAAAGACAAGAUAUGGCUACUAAUUUUAAGGAAUUCUCAGAAUCAGUUAAGGCGGAGCUCUCAAUUGAACAAGUACGUGAAUUCUUGGAAGCUAAUGACCAAGAUUUGUCUGGCUCUGAUGAUGCUCUUCUCCGAAGAUGCCAAGCGAUGCUGUUUUAUGGGCUAUUGGAGAAAUGCCCAGUUUGCCAAGGGAAUAGUUUGGAGUUCACUGGAUGUUAUUGUGAGUGUGCCACUUGCAUUUAUCGCUCUAGGUAUGCACCAAGGAAACGAGGGCCCAUCAAGUACCCUAUUAGCAUCGUCAGGCAAAUCAACCCUCGUUUCAACCCGGAUUGGGACCCUCCUCAUGUGGAAGGUGAAGGGUUCAUCGCCCGUUUUUUGUCAGAUGCUUUACGACCACACAAUCCAAGGGCGGCGGCCAGAGUGGAAAUAACACUAAAUAUGUAUCAAGAUGGAAUGGAGAUCAAUGGCCGGAGGAUGAGCAAGAGAACUUUUUGGAUCUAUGUAUACCUAGGGAAUGAAAGAUCCCAAAACACUGCUGGGAUUGAACAUAUAGACGCUCUUUUGUUGUUCCUGGAUUGCUCCAAUACUGGUUUCAUUGAUGUAAAGUCAUCCAUGCAUCCUCACGCUAGCUAG